ACCAAGAUGAACUGUGUUUGGAAGUGCAUGUUGAAGAAGGCGUUAUGUCCCAAUAUGGUGCUAAGGAUAUGCCUCACUUUGUAUCACCGAGUCUUCCUCUGGAUUCAAAACUUGAGUGCGAGCUGAAAACAGUUUGCCACGUGACCUUCACAGCGCAUCCUGGUCUCCAGCAUGAAUUUGAUUGUAUCAAGCCAUCUUUAUUGAGCAAGGACUUUGUGAACAUACAAAUAUUUUCCACGUGCUCUUCCUGUAUUGACGGAAGCAAUACGAACGCAUCUUGUACGUUAGACGUGGCAUUUAGACCUUCUGUUCAGAAUAAAACAGACAGCAAAGUUUGCAUUGCGCUGAUAAGAAAAAAAACCGGUGUUACUGGUGAAGACAGGUGCUUCACGGUUACUGUAAGAAAUACAUCCAAAACAAAUGACAUUACCGGUUGUCAGCGGCUGCAGUGUGCUAACGGUGGUUUCUGCGAUGGGCAUGACCCUUUAAAGCCCUUGUGUUUCUGCAAACAAGGAUAUGGUGGACCAACUUGUGCUACAUCUAUCCCGAUCAAUCCACCCAUAAGUAAUACGACAUCUUUCGUCGGAACCAACGGAGGUUUGCCGACAGGGAUUCAGUGCCGCCUGCUGGAGACGUGUUUGUUCAAGUUUCAAGUGUGUGGAAGCUCAGCUUCAAAAUUCCAAAUUGGCCUAACAACGCCAUAUUUGGAAGUUGGGGAACCGGUUAUAGAUCAGUUCUCUGGACAGCAAUGUGCCCUUGGAACAGUUAAUGUCACAUCAUCAGAGCUGGGGACUCAUCGAUUCUGUAUUCAACAUGUACAAAGUGGCGGGUUAGUUGAUGACGAACUCUGUCCAACAAUACGCAUUACAGGAGGAGCCUCCUCGCCGAUUGACCAGAAUAAACCCCACUUCCUGUCUCCGACAUUUGAAAGCGGAUCUGCCCUGGCGUGCACCAAAGGCGAAGAUCUGCAUUUGAAGCCGUUCUACACUAAUGGAAACAGUGUCGGGUCUUUAAAAGACUGUCCUACGCUGACGGAGAGCAGCCAACAACCGGUAGACGGAGUAUACAUAUUUCCUGCUGAAUUUGUAGCCAAUAUCUGUUCAAGUGACAUUGUCUACAAGGUACCACCUGCAGCCGCGGCUGGUUCAGAGUCAAAGCUAUGCAUCAAAGUCUCUGUCCCCGGAAAACAAGGUGAAGAAAGGUGCAUCAUGUUGAGAGUUGCCGAAGCGAAACAUGACAUUCAUCCGUGCAAAGGCGUUGUGUGCGCAGCAAACUCCGUAUGUGUUUCUGAUCUGGAAGCCAACUCUUCAAUAUGUGUUUGUAGGAAUGGCGCAACUGGUAAAAACUGUUUACAGACCAACGAGCCCCACAAUCUUCCUGGAAUUCAAAACCUCCCAAACACGACAUCUGAUGGCCCUCAUUUUGAUGGAAGCAGUAGUCUACCUAAGAACAUUUCAUGCGUUGCUGGAAAACCUUGCUUAAUUAGUGUUCCGUAUCAGGGGAUCGCGUCCAAACACCCAGUACCUGGGAGCUGUGAUUUUAAUACAGGAAAUGUCACGGUAACCUCAUUCACAGGGUCUUCUCAUUCACUUCUUGUCAAUGUAACAAUUCAAGAAGGAAGAUACAGGUGCUGCUAUCAGACCACCUCGGAUGGCACAAGCAAUGGUGUCAAUGUUGACGAAUUAUGUUUCGAGGUCAACAUAGGAAAAGAAGACCAAGGCCUCAUCAAUGCAACGAUUGACGUUAAACCGAAAUUCUUGCCACCGACACCGAGUGAAAAUUCAGUACUGAUGUGUCAAGCCGGUAUUACCUGUCACAUAAGUGUUGGUUCUGCAUUUAAUAAUGGCCGUUGCGAGCAGGUUCAAAUGUGUGGGAGUCCAAUAGCAGGCGCGCACGUUUUUCAAACGCAACCAACUGCUGACAAAUGCAUCACUGAUGUUGGUUAUGCUACUGCUAUUAUUUCUGGAUCAACCACGUUUUGCGUUAAGUCAGGUGUACAUGGAGAAGAACGGCGUUUUGAAGUUGAAAUAAAAAAUCAGACAGUGUUUGGAAUUUGCCAAACAUUACAUUGUUUGAACGGAGGAAAAUGCAAUUCAACCGAAUCCAAUGCAACUUGUCAAUGUCCCUUAGGUUACGGCGGUAAAACUUGCGAAAUUGAUGUAACAACAACCUCCACAACAGUAACAUCUACAACAAUUUUCAACACAACACAAAGUCAAGCAUCUUCAAUUGAUUCUGGUGGUAAUUCCAUUGGUGAGACAACUAUGUUGCCUGAUGUGAUAAGCAUGUCAUCAAAUUCUAGCAUUGGUAAUACGUUAUCGAAUUCGGAAUAUGGAAAUACUUCAUCGACAUCGACAACAAGGCCUUUAACUUCUGACACAACAGUGACUUCAACUGUUAACGCACGUUCGACCACAAAUGGAAAUGCGUUAUUAAAUGCAGCACACGUUAAUACGUCUUCCAUUGCGACAAAUGAAAAUGCGCUACCGAAUUCAUCCAAUGGAAAUUCAAUCUCAAAUUCAACACUUGAAACUAUCACUUACCAAACCAUCCCAAUGACAGCUGGGAACUCGAUGAUUAGUACUUCAGAAACAACAAUACUGUCAACCGUUGAUACACAUUCGACCGCAUUUGAUCAUGGGACACAUGGUAGUUCUGGCCAGAGCCUGUAUUAUUCGAAGCCGCCAUUUUUCUUGGAUUAUGUAAUGCUGAAGGAGUUACGUUGCCCAGUCAACACGUCAUGCAGUAUUGUCCUUCUUGUGAACGGAACAUCUGGAACAAUGCCAAACGUUCAGAGUGGUCGAUUCUCCAACGGGUUACAAGUGAUGUCGCCAAUAACGAGGUUACAAAGCUGUCAAGGUGAUGUCUGUACAUAUGAAACAAAAAUAGCAUUCGUACCUUUGAUUGUUGGCACUUUUGAUUAUUGCGCACAAACAACAUACAUCAACAAUGUUAAUGCAGACGAGCGGUGCUGUAGAAUAAUAUCAGAGAGAAAUGUAAGUAUAUUUUAAUAUGAUUACCUCGACAUUUUCUAAUCAAUGAC